GUUUUUGCCGUGUGCAAAGAUGUUGACAGAGUUCAGAAAAGCGCGCUGACAGAUGUUACGUAUAGAAUUUCAUAACAUAUUACAUAUUGCCGGCUGUAAAAAAACUAAGCUUCCCGGCUUUGGCCAGUGAACCGAAAACGCCUGUUUCCUCUUCAGUCACUCAGUGUGUAUGAAGUGUAUUUAUGAAGAUCACGAUUUGACAAAAAAAGGAUAUGUUUUCGGUGCUUAGAUUUAGUACAAGGCUUAGUAGAACUGCUACGCGAUAAAUGAAUUAUAUAUGCUUCGUUCUAGAUGCUUCGUUAAAAUAUGAAUUUUACCAUUUUGUCCUUAGUUUUAUGGGGUAUCAGCGCACUUUUGGCAGGAUUCAUUUGUCUGUUCUUGUGUUUUAUGCUCUACUUGCAUUAUAUCCACCAACGAAAUGCUCACUUGCCCGGACCACCUCGUUCAAGCUUCAUACUUGGCAACAUACCCGACUAUUGGAAAUGGCAAAAAACCACCGGCAAAACAACCGCCGAAUUUGUUAUGGAACAGCAAUUCAAAUAUGGACCUAUCUUCAUGAUGACUUUAUUCCACCAAGCUGUGGUAUAUUUUUGCGAUCCAACCUACAUUAGACAAGUAUUUAUAAACAACCACCGAUUCCUACGGAAACCCUCCUUUUAUUACUUCAAAAUGGGGUUUAUAUUUGGCGAGAGGGGUAUGGGAUAUGGCUUAAUUACAGAUACGGAUAAGAUAUCAUGGCGUAAGACAAGGCGCAUUAUGAACCCUGCCUUCCAUAGAAAAUGCUUGAAAGAUUUCAUGACAAAUUUUAACGAUGUUUCAAACCGAUUUUUAAUUCGCAUGGGCAAGGUAGUUGAUGAUGUCGAUGAGAAAUUUGUGAACAUGGUUGAAGAAUUUUCCAAAGUUACGUUCGAAGCUAUAGGUCAGGUAUCGUUCAACGUUAAUACAAACACGAUUGAAGAUCCUGAAUCACCAUUUUUGUUCGCAAUUCGACAGUAUCUUCAUGGAGUACAAGCAAAUUUUGACAUUCCGGUAAGUGCCGCCAUUUUGGGAAUCUUUCAGUUUGAAUUAUUCCAGAGUGCUUCACAAAGAGUUCAAAUAGAUGCAGCACGAUACCUACGAAAAUUUGCCAUUGAUUGCAUUUCCAAACGAGUCAUGGAUAUUGAUGAAAAAAAGGAUGUACCUAAUGACUUGCUCAGUCUUUUAAUUCGUGAUGGUAGCCUAACAAUGGAAGAAAUUAUUGAUGAAUUUAUCACAAUCUUCAUUGCUGGUGGGGAAACAACAGCAAACUCUCUGGCAUUUACAUUAUAUGAAAUCUUGACCAACACUCAUGUUGAAGAAAAGCUCUUAAGUGAAAUCAAAGAGGUGCUAGGUGAGCGAGAGGAAGUUGGAUUUGAAGAUUUGGCCAAACUCAAAUACACCGGCCAGGUCGUGGAGGAAAGUUUACGAAAACAUCCUAUUGCUGUCGGUGUGCCAGCGAGAGUUUUAGGAAAAGAGAUCACAGUUGGAGGUUAUCAAAUUCCCAGGGGAAAUGUGGUCAACACCAAUUCCCUCCUGCUUGCUUUGAAUCCAAACAUUUGGAAAGAUCCUGAAGUUUUUGACCCUGAAAGAUUUAAUGAUCCUGCAAGUAUCCCAAACUUGAGCAUGAUUCAUUUUCCCUUUUCUAUUGGCCCACGUAACUGCAUUGGACAAACAUUUGCAAGGUUUGAAUCCAAAGUGAUGUUGGCGAAAUUGUUUCAAAAGUUUCAGUUCAAGCUUUUGCCUAAUCAAACUGAUCGAAUGUUUGGCAGGAUGACAAUGACACCACGGGACAGUGUGAUGUGUGAGGUUAGCAGACGUGCAUAACCCAUUAGGCAUUACUGUUUUAAAUCCAAAACAUGUACAUAUUUUUUUGACUAUUAUAUCUGAUCAACAGCAAGCUGACAAUCUUAUUGCAAGAAGCUGAUAUGCUGCUACGUGAUCAAAGCGUUACAAUGGCCCCGUGUUCGCUGCUCAUGCUUUUCAAGCCAUAUUAUAUCAAACUGUGGCAACGCUCGUGCGCUCAAAUAGAAUGAAUAGUAUAAUUGAUGAUUUAACAACCUUGCAAGUUAGGUGCCAGGAAAACUGAAUU